AUGAGAGUGCCCGCGCCAACGAGCCUCCGAAGUUUCACGGAUGGCCCAUAUGGCGCUCGCGGCGAGAGUUACGUCUCCGGCAUCAAGGCAGCAUGUUUUCCAUGUGGCACUUGUCUAGGAGCCACGUACAGCGAGGAUCCCCUGCUUCUGGGACACCUUGCGGCGGCAUACGUUCGCGGGUGCCAGGCUGACAGUACGGUGGGCGCGACACCCAAGCACUUUGUCGCCAAUGAUGCCGAAAACCAGCGGAUAAAGUUGAGCGUUGAGAUAGGUGAGCAGACCCUGCGAGAAAUCUACCUGAAGCCGUUCCAGCUAGUCCAGAAGCUUUCGGAGCCAUGGGCUUUCAUGACAAGCUACAACCGAGUUCAAGGCACAUUUGUUACCGACUCGUCUCCACUGAUCAAUGGUGUUCUUCGAGGCGAAUGGGGCUUCAAGGGCCUCCUCAUCUCGGACUGGAUGGGCACGUACUCGGUCGGCCCAGGCAUUGAGGCCGGCGUCGACAUUGAGCUGCCAGGUCCUCCCAGAUGGAGGACCUACGAAUCUGUUUCUCAGAUUGUGAAGGACGCCUCACUGUCCGGAGAUAUCAUCGACAAAAGGACUAUCAGGGUGCUUGAUUUGGCCCGCCUCGGGCGCUUUGAGAACCCUGAAGAACCGCCCGAGCGCGCGGUUGAAGAUGCCGACAGAGACAGGUUCAUAAAAAAAGCCGGGGCAGACAGUAUCACUCUGCUGAAGAACCAAGGUGAUGUUUUACCCAUCAAAAGGGGAUCCACGGCAGCCCUGAUCGGCCAGCACUCGUGGUCUGUCGUGCUCGGCGGCGGCGGCAGCGCACGCGUUGAUGCACUGCACGCGAUAUCACCUAUCCAGGGCUUCCGGAAUCUUGGUUUCACGAACCUCGAGGCCCGCGGCCUUCCUGUAUUCGGAGCCGUCCCUCAUGCCGACCCGAGCAUUGUCUUCCCUCGCGACCGCAAGACUGGCUCGUCGAGGCCAGUGAAACUGGAAUGGUUCAACGGACCCAUCGUCGGCACGAAUCUCGCCCACAAAGGGACCAUCCCGCAAGCCGAGUACAUGACCAAGGACAAGCGGCCCGAAUAUCUUGACGAAGACUUCUCAACACGCAUCACGUUUGACCUGUUAGCGCCCUCGACCGGCGACCACAUCUUCUGUGUCAUCAGCACCGGCCGCGCAAAGCUCUACACUGAUGGCGAGCUCGUGUUCGACCGUCGACAGGAGACCAAACUGCGUCCAGAAUCCUUCUACUUCUUCAAGCGGCACCUCGAAAAGAGGUCCUGGGCGUGCGACCCCGCCAUCCUCAACGCAGCAUCGAUCUUCGGCAAAAUGUUCCAAGGCAGCGCCGUGCGCUUCCACGAGGAAAUCGACGUCGCCGCGCGCCAGGCCGAAGCCGCCAAGGCCGCGGCGGCGGCCGACUACGCCGUCGUCUGCGUCGGCACGACCAACGAGACCGAGACGGAGGGGUUCGACCGCGACACGCUGGCGGCGCAGUACGACCUCGUCGAGGCCGCGUGGUUCCCUGGGCAGGAGACGGAGCAUGCGUUGGCGGCGGUGCUCGCGGGCGUCGUCAUCCCCAGCGGCAGGCUGCCGCUGCCGUGGCCGCGGCGUGUAGAGAACGGGUCUUCGUUUGAGAACUUCCCUGCCGGGGAGGACAGCGUGCUGCGGUACGACGAGAGGUUGGUUGUCGGGUGUCGACGGCAUAAUCGCCCCGGGAAUCCGGCGGCUCUCUUCCCCUUUGAGUUCGGGCUGUCGUAUACGACGUUUGCCGUGACCGGUGCUGCCGUUUUGGGUUCUAGUGCCUUGAAGAGCGCCAACGACUCGAUUCGUGUGUCCGCUGAGAUUGUGAGCGCUGGGUCUAGGAGAGGCAAGGUUGUCGUGCAGUUCUACGUGGCGUUCCCAGAGGGGGCUGGUAUCCCUGGUCGCCAGAGGCCCGUGAAGGAGCUGCAGGCAUUCUCCAAGGUUGACAUCGAAGCAGGGCAAACUGCACAGACAACAGUACAAAUCGACAAGUACGCCGUAAUCGUCUAUGAUGAGGCGAAGGCUCGCUGGGUAGCGCCAGACGGCGAGUAUCGAGUGCUCACCUCGAGUGGAGGCCGGCCUUAA